UCAUCUUAAAACUGAUUGGCUGCGUCAAUGUUACGGAAAUCAGUGUUGUGCGUGUGGCUAUCAGGUUAGCUUUGGUUAGUGUAAGUGAACUGGAUGUUUUAAACAUGCGAUGAUCAUUAUAUAUUCUCAUAUCAGCAUCAUAAAAACUUGAGAAAGCGUUUUUUAUAAUGGAGGCAGACGGUGGUGCUCGUGUGAGAUAUGAAGACGUGCCACCGCAGAACCAGGAUAUGAGUUUCAUCCUUCCAUCUGUUUCUGUUUUCCUGUCUGACUAUGGCUGGUAUCUGCUGUUUCUGUGUGUGGGAGUUUAUCUACUAAUUCAGCAUCUCAGCAAGAACAGAUCCUGGGAGAAUCAGAGCCCAUCUGUCUCUGCUGCAAACCAAGACCCUUUGUCUGUGGCGAGACGUCAGGAAGCCCUGGAGGCAUCGCGUCAGAGAAUGCAGGAAGAGCUUGAUGCUAGAGCUGCAGAAUUCAAAGAGAAACAACUGAGGCUUGAGGAAGAGAAGAGAAGACAGAAGAUUGAGAUCUGGGAAAGUAUGAAGGAAGGAAAGAGUUACAAAGGAAAUGCAAAAGCUGAACAUAACACUGAAGAGGCCACUUCAUCUACGUUUUUGAAACCAAAGACAGAUAAAAAGUCCCUCCGUAACAAUGCCUGUUUUUCAGGAUACAAUCCUCUGUCUGGAGAUGGAGGAGGAACAUGCUCUUGGAGACCAGGCAGGAGAGGGCCAUUCGCUGGUGGAUGAGGUUAAAGGAGGGUCAGAGUGACCUCUGACCCUUACACACACCCCCUUUCCUCCCCAUAGGAACAUGUACACAUUAACUUGAUGAAGCUGUCAGCAUUCAUUAUAGAACAGUAGCAAAUGUGAUUAAUAAGGGUCUUCAUGUAGGUUUUCAUUUUUAUUUUCUGUUGGUAGGCUGGCUUGUCACUGGCUUGACUAAGAUCCAUCACACUUAGUAUGCAAUGUAUUCUAAAUACCAGUAUGUUUUAAAGGGAUAGUUCACCCAAAAAAUGAAAUUCUCUCAUCAUUUAGACAUUUUUUUUCUCCUUUCAUGCUCCACAGAAUUUUCAUUUUUGGGUGAGCUACUCCUUUUAAAUUCAGUGUAAACAUUAUGAUUACAAGCAUCAUUACAAGUUAUAUUUUUCAAAGAAAAAAAUGUUUUCAUUUAUUUUUCUGCACUUUAUGCACAUUAUUCUUAAACUAUUGUCCAUAUAUGAUUGACAGCUUCCAAUGACGCCUCCUCAUCAAAGGUAUUAAUACCCCUGGGGCUGGUUGAUGACUUUAAGUUAUGAAACAUGUUCCUGUUCAUAGAGAGUAAAAAACAAAACAAAGGACUACAUUUAAAUAAUAUGAAGUUUUUGUAUUCUAUUAUUAUACAGAAGUCAGUAGUAAUUGCUGUUGAACGACAAAUCCAACAAUGCAAUUUUUUAUCAAGUUUGGUGUUUUAUAAAGAAUUUGAUGAACAUGUCAUCACAAAUUCAUUUUAUUGUUCUUGCAAUGGGUUUCUCAGAAUUAAAAGCAUUCUUGCUCAA